AUGACCCACGCGGAGUCGCAGCCUCCUUAUGAUUCGCACCGCGCGUGGCAUGCGGAUGGCUUCUUGGACGUUGCGCGCGCUCCAGCACCGCUUGCUCCUUCUGCGAUCGGCGGUUCACAGCGCGCCGACACUGUCGCUGAUGGGUCGAUGAUUUCGCAGCACGUAGGCAGCGAGGGAGAGAACUGCAACGGCGACGUUUCGGGCGACGAGUUGAUUGGUGGGCGAUACCGUCGCAUCCGUCGCGUCGGCGCGGGGUCGCAGGCUGUGGUGUGGGAAUGCGAAGAUGUCGUAACGUCGCAGCGGGUCGCAUGCAAGAGCUACGCGAUGGCGCAGGCCCCGAUGCGCGACAUAGCGGCGGAGGUGCGAUCGCUGGAGAUCGUGGGCGACCAUCCGAACAUCGUGCGACUGCACGAUGUGAUCGUUGGGCGACAGGGAAGCAGCCGAGCAUGCGGAGGGACAGGCGGAACAGCAGGCCGAGUCGCGGAAAUAGGAGCAGGUGUAAGGGCAGGUAACGCAGCAAGGGUAGGUAACUCGUGUAAACCUGAUAACUCAUCCUCUGCUCCGAACCCCGCCGCCGCAUCUCAGCCGUUGGAUCCAUCCAUUGACACGAGCGUGCACGUGCUGAUGGAGCUGGUUCCCGGCGACGAUCUCCUGACGGAGAUUCUGCAGCGCGGCCCGCUUGCCGAGCCGCUCGCGUCGGCUUUGUUCCGGCAGCUCGCAUCGGCUGUCGCGUACUGCCACGCGUCUGGGGUGAUGCAUCGGGAUAUCAAGCCAGAUAACGUUCUUCUGCUGCGGCCUCCUGAUUCCGCCCGCGGCGGGCCUCGCAUAUAUGCGACGGGCCCUGCGACGGGCCCCGCGACGGGGCAUGCGACAGGAUGUGCGACGAGUGUCGCGGCAGCGAUGGGUGCGGGGACAGCGACGGAGCAGCAGAUGGCAGGAACAACGGAGAGAACUGCGAGGCAGAUGGGCGGAGCGGCAGCCAUUGCGGGGAAAGCACGUGGAGCAGCUGACCUGCCAAGCGUAGAGCAUCCACGUGGUCUUACGCCUUCCAAGUCUGUAUUGAAUGCCAGUGCCGCCGGAACAACAGAGGCCACCGGAGCCAUGAUUGGAGCGAGCAGCGCCGCAUUGCCGCCAGCGGGCGGGGGGAGGAGGGCCGCGCGGGAGCCUCGCGCGGAGGAGGGGCUAUGGGGGUGGCUCAUCGGCGCGCGGCUGUUCCCCUCCGCCGCGGGCAGAGGCGCGAAUUCCGACAGGCUCGGCGCGCAGGGCAGGGGCGGCAACAGUCCUCUGCGGGUCGUUCCGGGGAAGGUUGUGGGGAGGCGGUUCGCGGGUAAGAGCACGCGCGUGCACCCCAUGGCGGGGGAGGAGGCGGAGGCGACCCUUGGCGCUGCGCUGACUGCGCAAUCUGCGCAUUCCUCUAGCUCCUCUGCUUUUUCCUCGCUCUCUUCCGCUUGUCCCAUCUCCCUUGCGCCUGCGCCCUCCCCUACCUCUGUCCUCCCCUCGCCCUCGAUUGUGUCACACUCUCUAUCACGCACACCCGCACUCUCCACACCCUGCCGACUUACAAUCACUUCUGGAGGAGAGUUUGGGGAACGGCGCUGCCCCCUCCCGCCCGCUUCCGCGGAAAGCAGCUCGUUUUCUGCCGUGGGCGCGGGGUGGGCGCACGUGGGCGCGGAGAGGGGUAUCUGGGGGGUGAAGCUGGCGGAUUUUGCGCUGUCCACAGUGGUGGCGGGGGGCAUGCGCGGGGUGAUGGCGGACAGGGGCGCGGGGACGCGGCAGUACAUGGCGCCGGAGAUACUCCUCCUGGAGGUGCGGCGGAAAAUGGCCAGGGAGCGGCGGAAGGGGGGAGGGGGAGACGUAGGGGGCAAGGGGGAUGCGAUUCAGAGUGAGGGUGAUGGUGGGGAUGGAGGGGGUGCAGGCGGUGCAGGCGGUGCAGGGGGAACAGGGGUUGCUGGGGAUGCAGGGUGCAGCUAUGGCAUGAAGGCGGACGUGUGGAGCAUGGGCAUCACUCUGUGCUCCAUGCUCACAGGCCGUCUGCCCAUUGUUAAACCAGCCAAGCUGCUGGCCAUGCUGCAUGCGCAGCAGCAGCAGUUGCAGCAGCAGCAGCAGCAGCAGGAGUGGCAGCAGCAGCAGCAGCAGCAGAAGCGGCAGCAUGUGGAGUGGCAACGGAGAGAGGGUGAUGUGGAGGAGGAGAUGGGGAGGCAGCAGCGGGAGCAGGGAGGGUGGCAGUUGUGGGCAGGUCAACGUCCGUGUUUGCAGCAAGCAGCAUCGUAUGAGGGGGAGAAACAGAUCAAGCAGGACUACCACCGACAGCAGCAGCAGCAGCAGCAGCAGCAGCAGCAGCAGCGUAUCAAGGCAUCUCAAUCUCAGAACGAUCAUACCCAGGCGAUCUAUUCCCCCAUGGCACAUGCUGCACACAGCUGCACUGGCGGCGGCCCUUCAUUCACUAGUGCCACUUUUCAUACAGUCACAUCCGCUCACCUUCACCAACCAGAUCCCAGCCUGGCACCAGUGGACAUGAACAGUAGCCUGCACAUCGACUUUGAGUCUCCUGGCUGGAAACCCAUCUCCGCAGCAGCGAAAGAUCUCAUCCGUCGAAUGCUCUGCAUCAACCCCGAUCAACGGCUGAGCUCGCUUCAAGUGCUAGAGCACCCGUGGCUGAACCAAGGGUCUAACGAGGUCCUGGAGAGGAUACAUGGUUUCAAGCUCACAGCACUCUCUGAUGCCGAGAAUCAUGAGAGCGUGGACGUGGUUGAUCUGCUGCCCGGCCCCAUCUGGCACAUCAUAUUCCGCCACCUGCUGCUGCCACCACAAGGUUCCACUCAGCUGCAGAAUCAGGUUGACUCCCUGGGAGCAUCGCAGCAAGGAGCAGGGGGCACCUCAGAUUUGUCGUUCCGAUACAUCCCGUUUCAACACAAGCUGAUCAACCCGGUGUUUCUGGGGACUUUUAGGCAGCUGCAGCGGCUGACGCUCGGUUGUGGGAGAUGGAAGCUAGGCAACCUGAAGGCAUCAUGGUUCAAGGAUCUAAGAAGCCUGAGCAUUGACCAUUUGGAUUGUAACGGCUAUGAUCUGGCAUUUCUCUCGGCAAUCACACCACAGCUGCACGAGUUCUCUUUUUCUGCCGCAAGCCAUCUCCCUUGCCACCUCAGUUUCGAGUUCUCCGCUGCUCGAGUCGUCAAAGUCAGUUUUGAGCAGCAGAGACUCAACCUCCGCUUCUCUCUCCCUCCCUCCUUGAAGGCCUUUUCAGCCACAGCGGAGGCAUUGGAGAUCAACUGCAAGUGCUCCACCCCACUCUCUCUUGACUCGCUCGCUCUAAUUGGCCGGAACCAGCUUGUCGUUUCUUCACUCCCACUGGCUUCCGCCAAAACCGUCUUACUGAACGGACCAACCACCCGCGUGCAGUCCAGGUCGCCUUGGGAAGACCUUUUCGCUUUCGCCUCAAUCUCUCAACCUUCUAUGGCUGCCACUCGGCGUUCCUUGACGGAACUACUGAGCAGCAUAGCGCCAACAGUUGAGAUGCUGACUGUGAAGCAUGGCAUGCCGCUAGAGGAGGUGCCUGCAGAAUGGAGCUGCCUGCGCCGCCUUGCCAUCGGUGUGAAAGACAGGAGAAGUGGUGGUGGGAGGCAUACGGCUGCAAUGGAUGAUGCUGAAUUCCUCGGUCUUCUAAGUAGUUAG